GAUAGAGACUGUAGAAUAUCUACAGCCUUCUCCACAGGAUGACUCGUCAAAUUUCAGGAGAAGAGGCAAAUAAAAUUCUCAAAAUCUGUCAAAAAUCCGGAGGGAAAAAUUGGCGGGCAUCCAAAUCGUGAAACUAGAAAACAUUGCAAAUUCUUCUUCUCGUACAGUUGAUCCAAGAAAUACUUUGCUGUAAAUUACAAUUGCCAAUUCAACAAAAACUUUCAGAUGGACAGGGAUCCACAAGAACCCAAUAUCAUGUCAAAUCCUGAUCAGCGCUCUAACUAUGACUUGGCAUCUCAAUUUGCAAAUCCACAAGUUCAUCACAACUCAGAAUCUCAUCCUGCUGGUUUUCACUUGAAUUCAAGUAGUGGAUUAUAUCCUUCUCAUGUCGACCUACAAUAUGGAGCCACUCCUACGUUUCAAAGCCUGCUGAACACGCCAAUGGUUAGAAAUCCGAUGGUAAUCAAUCAAGGCGGUGUUAACAAUGCUAAUUUUCCUAUCUACACUCCGAUGACCAGUUUUCAGACUCAUGGUAACAUUUCUUUGGGUGGUAGUCGAAUUCCAGCUAACACUCCAAUGGUUCCUUCUCAAAUUUGUGGUAACACCACGGGCAUCAAUCAGAAUCAAGUAACGACAAAAGGAUUAAAAAAGAGAGUUAAAGAUGUCCAAACGUCAAGUGGCAAAAAGGAUUGGGGUGUAGAAGAAGAAGAAGCUUUGACGAAUGCAUGGUUGAAUGUGUCUUUGGACCCUAUUGUGGGUAACAAUCAAAAAGCUACUGCCAUGUGGGUUCGUAUCCAUCAAGUAUGGAAGGAAAACAUGGGGCCUGGAUGCAAAUAUCUUAGAUCGUCUAAUAGUUUACAAUGCCAUUGGUCCAUAAUACAUGCAGCGGUUAACAACUUUGCAGGACAUUAUUCGAAACUAGAGAGGCAUCCUCAGAGUGGUACAAACUCAAAAGACUUGAUUCACAAGGCGUUGGGUAUGUACGAGGAUAUAGAAGGUAGCAAAUUCAAAUGGGUUCAUUGCUGGGAAAUAAUGAUUAAAAAUCCAAAAUGGCAGUCGAAACAUGAUAAGAACAUUGCACCAGAUAGACAAGCGGAUGAUGAAAACAAGUCGCCUACAUCUGAAGAGUCUUUGCCGAAUAUCAUUGAUGAUAACAUAACACAUGAAGGUAAUAACUGUGAUGGUGUGGUACGACCAACAGGAAGAAAAAAGAGUAAAGAAAAGAAGAGAAAGUUGCAUGACCAAAAUGGUGUGGUGGAUGCAUUAAGCACGUUGCAGUCCACUUUGGCCAAACAAAUUAGUAUCAAUGAAAAAUCUUUGGAGAUGAGAAAGAAAAUUGAAGAAGAAAAUAUCCAGUUGAAAAGGCAAGCACUAAACAGGGAGAUGGAAAUGAAGAUGAAGGAACAAAGGAGGAAACGCCAGGAAAGGGUAAUGAACCAAGAUUUAACUAAGCUUACACCUCUGGCUAGAGCUUCAUAUGAAGCUAUGCAAGCCAAGAUUUUGAAAGAAUGGGAAAAAGAUGAUAUAUUUGAAAGUGAUAUGGCAAACUCACAGGUAUAUACUAUGACUUUGAGGCUUGAGGAGAAGACUUGGGCUAAUUUUAAGUUCUGCAAGAUUACCCUGUUGAACUAAAUGCUAAUAUUUCCUUGAUGUAUAUUAGUCCUUUUUAUUAAAAAAAAAAAAAAUAUUGGACUACUUUGUUGUUACUUUUAUUAUGAUAUAAAUGGACUAUUUAUCAUAGCAUGUCCAUAUAAUAUUUUUUACGUCAUUUUAAAAUUGUUGAAGUUUCAGUAGGAAAAUAGGAAUAAGUACUGACUUUUCUAUCAUAUGAACUAAUUAUGAGGUAUCUGAUGACUAACUUUUCUAUCACUAGAUUAAAUUCAGUUUUUAGUGUUGAAUAUGAAUUACAUGGUUUGACUUAGUUGAAGAUUAUGCAAAGUACAUUAGCAGUUGCC